CAAGCCUACUCCAGAACAAUGGACGAGGGGGAGUCAACUGUAGAGGUUCUAAUCCGAAAAGGCAAACGGGCAGCUGCCUGCUACCUUCAGUCACAAUGCCAGCCUGCACGCCAGCUGAACGAACUGCUAGACGCAAUCCUCGACCCCCUGAAACCAAUAGAUAUGUGGGACACGGUCGAUUGGUGUCGUUGGCUAAUGGCUGGGGGGAAGACACCAGAUGAAUUUGCUAACACAGUUCGUCGAUACAACAACGCGACAACAUGUGGCCUUGUAUGGACAGCCAAUUUUGUGGCCUAUCGCUGCCGGACUUGCGGCAUCUCUCCAUGCAUGUCACUAUGUGCCGAUUGCUUCCGAUUAGGCAAUCACGAGGGCCAUGAUUUCAAUAUGUUCCGGUCACAGGCGGGCGGCGCGUGUGACUGCGGCGAUCCGAAUGUCAUGAAGGCAGCAGGCUUCUGUUCGCACCACGGUCCCUCAACGGUUCGGUCGCAACAGGCAGGCUCAUCAAAUGCUGCCGUACCGACCGCGCCCCCACCAGAACUCCUCUCCAUUGCUCAGCUGAUGAUGCCACGUCUUAUAAUGCGUCUUUUGCAACAUCUACGUGCAAGUUGUUCUAUGCCUUCGGGUGACACGCGAGAAGAACAAAGCUUGCAAAUUAGCAGAGCCGAUCAAUUUCUAGAGAUGUUGCAGAAUCUGUCUGCUUUAGGGGCACCAAUGCGACUAGUGAUGACGCAGACCUUGACGAAUCCGUUGACGUACCAACAGCUGACUCGGGAGAGAAACGAAAAUUACGAAUCAGCCAAACAAAGCUUGAAGAACUGGGAUUGUCAAAUGUAUACAGAGGUGCGAGCCCUAAAGCCUAGUCUUGUGCACGAAACAUUUCUAGAGGAACUAGUGUUCUGGAUGGCCAAGUAUGAAUUUCCUCAAAAACUGACCUGUCUCCUUCUGAGUAUGCUUCCUGAGCACGAGUACAAGCUCCAAUUUACACGUACGUUUGUCGAUCAUUACCCACGUAUUUCGUACAUGCUCACACAGUGUCAGGACAGCGAAACGUUGAGCAAUCGGGUCGUACACGUGUCAGUACAGCUGUUCUCUAAUGAAGGCCUCUCACUUCAACUUGUGCAUGAAGCGCAGCUUCUGCACGUAAUGGUCAUCUCGAUGAAGGCCAUGAUGAAAAAGAUUCUUCUGCAGUCAACUCUACAAGACCCUGACAAGAAUUUACACUAUGUCAUUAACUGUGGCCAUCAAAUCACCAAGCAGCACUGUUACUGGCCAUUGGUGUCUGAUCUAAACAACAUAUUAACGCAUAAGCGUGUUGUGCUAGAAUUUCUCCGUGAUACGAACCUCUUGGACGUAUGGUUUCGGCUCCUCAGCAUGUAUCAAGGCAUGAAUGUCCACCACCGAGAGACUGAACGCCAUGUGGAGUUCGAACCGAGCACGUAUUACGCCGCAUUUUCAGCCGAGCUCGAGGCUAGUGCUACACCAAUGUGGGCUUUCCUACAGCCUCUAACAGAUGAGGAAACCAUUUCACUAAGCGUCUCCGUUCUGCGCCAGUGUUCGUUGGCCCUAGAAGACUUCUUCGAUAUGAUUGGUUUUGGAGACGGAGAUCGCCCCAAGCCGGAUCAAGUCACUUUUCAUCUUCCGCUACAUCGCUAUCUGGCGACGUUUUUGCGUAAUGCGGUGUUUUCACAAGGCUGCGCACUGGACGAUCUCCUUGUUAAAGCGAGCAUGGAAGAAAAGCCAUUCCUCGAAUGCCUCAUGGCUCAUCCGCUACAGACGAUCGUCUCGUUUUACGAGAUAAUGGUUGCUAAUAUGUGGGUGCGAAAUGGACUACAGAUGAAAGGUCAAGCGAUGACGUACAUUCAAAGCCACUUCUGCAAUUCGAUGGUCGAUCCCGAUAUCUUCUUGCUACAGCUGUGUGCCACACGCCUUAAUAUUAACUGGUAUCUUUCAACUAUCAUCGAGCGGUUCCGCGUCGGCCCAGCACUUACGUUGGCUGCCGAUCCCCCAACAAGCUCCGACGCUGGCGGAACAGGCGGUGGACCCGAUGAGAAACAGUUGGCCAUGCUGCAUUCGCUGUUAACGUUUCUAGCAACACUGCUUAGUGUUCGCACGAUGCUGGGAGGGUCCGAAGACGAGUGCACUCGUGAAGAAAUGGUUUCAUUGUUGUGCAUGUCAGAUCGGAAACACUCACAGUUGAUCGACUUGUUGCCAGAAAAAAGCGGUCAAUAUGGUGUAAGCAUGGCUAAUCUUGAGCGACAUAUGAGCGCCGUGGCGGAUUAUAAGGCGCCCAACUUUGAACUAGGGGGACACAUGAUUCAGGGAACAUACACGCCAAAGCCGAUUGUAUGGCAGACGAUGUUUGAUCCUAUUCAUACACUUCUUCGGUCCGUUCACCGAAAGGACUAUCAAGCGGCGUUAGACCGCUUUGCUGCUCACACGGGUGUGAAGAAUUGCUGGCCGCCCUACAGAAUUCCUUCGGGUGUUCACGAAAGAUUUGAGGAUCCCCGUAAACUCUUAUUUUGCUCAACAUUGUACGGGCUAAUCUUCGUCAUUCUGCAUAAAGCUGUUGGUGGAAGCGAGGAGAUUAGUGAACAGAUUUUAUCGUUGGCUGUCUAUCUUCUUGAAAUGGCUGUUGAAUUCCAUUCAAAGGACACCUGUACGCGAUGCGCAAGCUGCGAAGGCUCGUUAAUUGCCGACAACAAGGAGCUGGAGGUGGAUGAAGUCAGCGAUGGCGCAGAACACUUUUCGUUCUGGUACCCGACAGGUUGUCCGAUUGUGGCCAGUCUGACGCUUAUCAAAAGCGUAGAACUCGCGAACACCGCAGACGACACCUCGGACGCCACAUCCACUGUGCUUAGAAAUACAUCCUCGUCGAUGGAACUCGACGUAGUAACAGAGGUGGCAGUUUCGCGUGAGGCCGAGCCCGUUGACGUCUGUCCAGACAUUGUUCGGGCGGCGUUACGCAAUAUGGCUGGCUUGAUGUCACUCGAACAGCAUCAUCCGCAACAACGUCAACUUCAAGAGCAAAAUCAGGCUGGUAGCAGCAGCAAUAGCGGGAGUAGUUCGAGGAGCUUGAGCACCGCGCCGCGUCCACGACCAUGGGAUAUGGAGCUAAACGACGAACGAACCCAGUACGCAUUGCUUCCGAGGCGACCUAGAGAAAUGCUGCCGGCGUCGUUACGCAACCUUAACAGGAUGGUGCAGUCCGCAAUCUGCGCAAUGGAGACGGAUGAUAACGAGCUUGACCUCGAAGAGGACGCGACGAUGGCAUCUUUGCCAGCUCUGGCAGCUCACCUUCAGUUAAUAGCGGUCAAUGAGAGUAUCAUUUCACUACUGCUUAAAUUGCAUCAUAAGCUUGGCUCCGAUGCCAAGUCUCGGAGUGAACAAGGUCAAAGGCGUUCCGUGUACCGUACGCCGCAAGAGCUUGGCCAGGUGUCUGUCCCGAGCUGUCGCAUUGGUGACGGCGUCCAUUUCAUCGGUCUUUUACUAGAUCGCUUCUGUCUAUCCCAUGCCUCGGUGGAAGCACGGGUUCGAGCUGUUCGGGACAGUUUGUGGCCUACGGAAACAAUAGGUGGAGCUCGCGCCGCAGCAGUUGAAUGCGCCGAACAGCAACAGCGUGAAGAACGACGCCGCAGAGCUAAAGAGCGGCAGCAGAAGCUUAUGCAGGAGUUUGCCAAUCAGCAGAGGUCGUUCAUGAAGAAAUGUGGCGAGAUGCUGAACGAUGAUAAGGAGGCGGCAACAGAUAAGGACAAAGAGGGCACGCUUCAUCAUAGUGAUGAGUUUGAGUGUGUUAUCUGUAGUCAGACGUCUGCGAGUACCGUCGAUCGACCAAUCGCCAUGGUCGUACUAUUACAAGCAUCAAGCGUGUUGGGACAUGCCCGACCGGCCGACGAGGCUAUACUCAAUUUACCCUGCAGCGACCUCGAGAUCCUGCCGUCAAUUUUUCCGUGCCGGUCAAGCCGCGGCAGUUAUUCAUCCCAGCGGUUGGAUGAGCUCGCCAGAUAUUUCGCCACGUCUAGCUUAUAUCACUCGGCCAACAUCGGUUGGGAGGGUGGCGUUGUGGUGCAAACAUGCGGUCAUUAUCUUCAUGUCGACUGCCACAAAUCCUAUAUGCUCUCACAACGGAGUCAGCAGCAAGAUAGUGGUAGGGCUCAGCAAACGUUGGCCCCUGACCGUGGCGAAUAUCUCUGCCCGUUAUGUCGGCAGCUCGCAAACUCCGUGCUACCAGUCCACCCAAGCACUGGCAAUCAUCAAACUAUCGUGCAGUGCCAGUCGCGCACACAUCGCAACGUGGCCACCGAGAUAAGCGGUUUGAUGGCCUGCUUGCCAACUCCUCCAUCAGGUAUCCUCAGCCUCAUGUCCUCAUUUAUCGAGGACCUAACAAAUGCGAUCUUCGUCGAAUACCACACCCUCGGCAAUCGACGCAUGACCUAUCCGUUUAGUUUAAUCGUGUGCUCUGUGGCUCGUACAAAUCUUGAAAUCGAUCUAUUGCAUCAGGGCGGAAAACUAGCCGGUGCUGUCGCCCCGCCGGGCACGUCUGUAGCCGCUACGGCGGCAAGCCCGCCAAAAAAAAGCUGUUUUGCUCCAUUGUUCCACGCGCUCGGAUUGAACCUCAAGCGGGCGUUGACGGAUACGUCUCAAGCUCGUUUGUGGCAUUCUUUGACUGGACUUCCCGACGAAAAAACUUCUUGUGAGGUGACGCCCGUAACACAAGAUGUGCCAUUCCUCAUCAGGGAUAUUACCGCCGUUCUGAUUGAACUUCUGCUCAGUCUACCACUCAACCUUGACAAGGCAUACUUUACGUGCGUGGUUCGAGUUUUGUACUCCUUGGCAGUGACACAAGCUGUUUGUCGUGCAACCUGCCGCAUAUCGAGAGAAGAUCGUCUAGAGCUACGAGCGCGUCUCGAGGGCGAAAAGAGCUCGUCGUAUUCGCAAUUAAUUGGUAUCAUAAUUGACACACUGGAGAAAGUUUCGCUGUACGCUUACGAGGAGGAAGAACAGGGCUUGGAUGGACAUAGCUUUGAAAGUUAUGUCGAACGAAGCGUAAUGCCAUUCCUCCGUAUUGCCGCAAUUCUUGAAGCGCAUCUAUUCUCCGAACAACUUCCUGGCCCCUCGGACAGGCCGGAGCUCGAUGUCCUAGCCAACUUUCUUGGUCUAAGCUCCGCCCUCCCAAAUACUGCUUCAAAGUUGUCAAAGCCAAUGGAGACAGGCCCAUCGACCGCUGCGGGCACACCGUUUCCCGCUGGGGCGUCAAAUACAAAUGUGCUGAAGCUUGUACAAUGGGUAUCCGAUCCUGAUCUUUUGGUAUAUACCUGGUGUCUCGAAAUUGGCGAGUUUCUCGAAAGGAGCCGCUCUUCGGCUCGAUUCCUUCUAGUUGAUCAGCCGCUAGCGUGGAGACAGCCUUACUUGCUUCGCCUGCCCCGAAAUUACUCAACUUUAUUCGAGUACUACCAUAAACGAGCAUGUACUGUUUGUCAGAAUGUGCCACAAGACCCAUCCGUGUGCCUUGCCUGUGGUACGAUCGUAUGUUUGCGCGAGGGAUGCUGUCGUAGGCAGGAAACAUCAAACUUCGAGGCAGUCCAACAUUCAAUCGAAUGCGGAGCCGGUACCGCUGUAAUGCUCGCAGUGUACUCAACGUCCAUUAUUGUUAUCCGUGGCAAGCGAGCAUGUCUCUGGGGAAGUGUUUAUCUGGAUUCGUUCGGAGAGGAAGACCGAGACUUAAAGCGCGGUAAGCCGCUGUACCUGAGCGAGGAUCGUUACGGAUUGCUUCAACACCAAUGGAUGACUCACUCGUUUGAUCACUGUGCCCACAAACGAUGGGUUUGGCACAAGGAUAAUCUAUGAAAAUCAUAGAUGGCAGAACUGAACUUGAACAAAAAGCAUAACAAACACGCAUGUGUCACGCUCGUGAUGGUCGCGUCAUCUUCCGUUUUCAAUCUUUUUUGCGCCAACUCCAAAUGAAGGACGGCGGCUGAGGCCAAGCGACAAAGUGGACGAAAAGAAAUCUGCAGCAAAAAAAUAUCGAACAUUAAUAAAUAAUAGAAAACUUGUCGGCA